AUGAUGAAUAAUGAUCUAAAGCUAGAAUUCUCGUUGUUUGAAUCCUUUCUUCGCACUCAAGCUCUUCUUGGCAUUGUCAAUGGAGCUGUCCAACCACCUGCUGAGAAGAUUCUCAUUCGCAACAACAAUAAUGGCAGAACCGAAGACGUACUCAACCCAGAUUUUGAGAGCUGGUCCAGAUCUGACCAAGUUGUCAAGGCGUGGCUGCUUGGCUCCAUGACUGAGAACGUUCUGCGAUUGGUGGUCGGUUCUGCAACUGCUCAAGAGAUAAAAGAAUGUCAGAUUACCUUAGGAAUCAAGGAUAUUUGUGAUCAGCUAGCUUCUAUAGGAGAUCCGGUUAGUGAGAAAAAGAAGAUCUUUGCAGCUUUAAGAAGCUUAGGUCGUGAGUAUGAGCCGAUUAACACUGUUAUUGAGUUCUCAAUGGAUCGAUUGCCUGCACCUACCUACGACAAUGUGAUAUCUUGUCUUACCGGAUAUGAUGACAGACUCCAAGGUUACUCUGUUUCUGCUGAUGUCUCACCACACUUGGCCUUCAACACUACGAGGUCGUCUAACUACUCUCACAGAGGACGUGGAAACAGAGGCAGAGGACGCGGCAGUUACUCCACCAGAGGUCGUGGCUUUCACAAACAAUUUUCAUCCUCCGCAAGCUCACCUCGACCUUUCAGCACAAGUGAGAAGCCAUUCUGUCAAAUCUGUGGGAAACGAGGACACAAUGCUUUCGAGUGUUGGUACAGGUUUGAUGAAGAAUAUCAACAACCAUCUCAACCUGCAAUCAAUGCAGCAGCUUUCUCGGCUCUCCACAUCACCGAUGUCAUAGAGGACAACAGUUGGUACCAGAUUAAGAUGCAACGACUCAUAUCACUAGCUCCGUUCAACGCCUCCAACAAACUCAACCAUACCAUGGGACUGACAUGGUAA